AUGUCACGAAUGGGUCCCAUUGGUUUAUUGAAAUAUAUUUUUCUCUCCCUCUUUCUCUCUCUGUACCCGACCCCUCGCCGCCCAAACAACCACCACCCACGAGACACACCCACACCUACCCACUUGAUCCACAAGCCUUAUCUCUCUCUCAGACUCAAGAACCCUCUCUUCACCACCAAAGCUUCAAUUGAAAAUGAAGCAAGAGCUCUCGCCUCAACUGCCACUGUUGCAGCAGAGUCCAAGGUCCCUGAACCCGCCGAGCCUGUUUCGGUGAAGAAUGAGAGCUCUGCUGAGGCUAAUGGGUCAGGUGCACCGGUUGAGUAG